GAGGCGGUAAAAGAUGAAACAAAUAGACAAAGGUCUCUGCUUGCCAUUUGGCUUCCUUGUCUUCAAAUGACAUAGCAAGGAACACUAGAGAGUGGAGGUAGCAGACAAAAGAUAUGGCCUCCCCUCAUCUAUCCUUCUAUGUACAAUCUCUCCCUUUCCAUCUCUUUUCAACUCUUAGAAGUUACCUUUCUUCCAUGUUGACCUUAUCACCAUUUCUUUCUUUCACAUGACAUGAGCAACAAAAUUAAACCAGACCAUUCAGAAGUGUGUCUUGUUUUUCCCUACCCUCUGCCCAACACAAUCCCACGUAGCUCCAUAGCCUUACAUCUUAGAAGUCAUAGGUGAGUGCUAUCUUACAUAACAACAAGAAUGACUACUUUCUUCAUGGCUGAGACGAGCACUAGUACUACUAGCAGCAACAUUGGAUUGUCUUCGCCAAUUUUUAAGCUAGCUCAAGACCAUCUCUUCACAAUCUUGCUUCUGCUUCCUAUAGAUUCUCUCAUCUCCUUUGCCAGGACUUGCAAAAGGUUCAGGUCCUUGACAAGUUCUGAUACACUGUGGGAGUCCAUAUGCAGGAGUGAGUGGGGGUCCACAUCAGUGGAUGCCCUCAAGUCUUCUAUCAAUACCAAAAACAAUCAGCAGUUGCCAUGGAUGAGGCUAAUAAAGCAGGUGUCUCAGCUUGGCUCAGUUUGUUGUCAUAAACUGUCCGACCCAGAUAGUGAAUUGAUGCUCCCAACUCCCAGGGCUUCUCACUGUCUUAACUUUGAAUCUGAUUGCCUGGUCUUGUUUGGUGGUGGCUGUGAAGGAGGGCGAGAUCUCGAUGAUACUUGGGUGGCAUACAUAGGUAAUGAUUUUCAAAGGAUGCUGAAGUGGCAGAAAGUUAGUUCAGGGAUUCCAAACGGGAGAUUUGGGCAUUCAUGCAUCGUCAUUGGCGAUUAUCUGCUGCUCUUUGGAGGAAUUAAUGAUCGUGGGAUGCGUCAAAAUGAUACAUGGGUGGGGAAAGUAGUGCUCAGUGAGAACCUUGGUAUAACCUUGUCAUGGAGGCUGCUUGAUGUGAGAUCCAUAGCACCACCACCCCGUGGGGCUCAUGCUGCUUGCUGCAUUGAUAAAAGUACAAUGGUCAUCCAUGGAGGGAUUGGUUUGUACGGCCUUAGAAUGGGAGACACUUGGAUUCUAGAACUUUCAGAAAAUUUCUGUUCUGGAACAUGGAGGGAGCUGGUGACUCAUCCAUCACCUCCAGCUCGUUCAGGACACACAUUAACAUGCAUCGAAGGAACAGGAAUUGUUCUAUUUGGAGGAAGAGGUUCGGGGUAUGAUGCGCUGCAUGAUGUCUGGCUCUUGCAAGUGUCUGAGGAUGAACUCAAGUGGAUACAGAUUCUCUAUAAUUUGCAAGACAUACCUGCAGGAGUCUCCCUCCCACGAGUCGGCCACUCAGCCACACUGAUUUUGGGAGGUCGGCUGCUAAUCUAUGGAGGUGAAGAUUCACAGCGGCACAGGAAGGACGAUUUUUGGGUAUUAGAUGUUAGUAAGAUCCCAUCAAAUAAAGCGCAGUCUCCAUUAAACUCAAGGGGAUUGCAGGCAAAUAAUAUGUGGAAAAUGCUCAAGGCAAAGGGUUAUAAACCCUACCGCAGAUCAUUCCAUCGAGCCUGUGCGGAUCAUUCAGGGUUUCGCUUGUACGUUUUUGGUGGAAUGGUGGAUGGCUUACUUCAGCCUGCCGAAUCAUAUGGGUUGAGGUUUGAUGGGGAGCUCUUUCUGGUCAAAUUGGAGCUGGAAACAGAUAUAGUAAGGUGCUAAGUUACCACAACAGAAUGAUCCCUCACUCUGCUUAGUUCUAUACAUGACAGCCUCUCACGUAGCUCAAUUAUUAUUUGCUUUGUACAUGUUUCAUGAAGAAAUAUGAAUAAUGCUAGACAUGUUUAUAUUUUAGACAAAUCUUAAGGACCAAGAAAAUGAUCUAAAUAAAGUCACUGCCUUGGGGCUGAUUGUUUGAGGCCAUACCA